AUGGUACGAAGCAACUCCAGCUCUAAGUUUCUAGAAGUACGAGAAGAAGCUCUACACUGGGCAGAGGAGGAUGAAAAGAUGCGUCCUACAAAAAGAAAUGUAUCAAGUGAAGCAGUUUCAACCACACAGUCAAACAAAGAGAUGGAUAAAGUACUGCAAGCCCUCGAAGAGCAGCGUAAGUCGAUUGAUAAUUUGUCCCAAACCCUUAUUUCCUUUUUCAGAUCCAACAAUAAUAUUCAGCGGAAUCAGGGAGGAAGAGGCGGCCGAAACCCCUCCCUCCGCGGUUUUGACGAAAGAGGGAACAGAAUUUCUUGAAGAGGGAACAGAAUUUCUUGGUCGGACCAGAUUGAUGCCCUUAGCAAAAAAGUCAGCCAACGACUUGGAGUUCUGCGUCGUGUUAAGUAUUUGCUGCCUCUACAUGGUCAUUUGGCGAUAUAUAACAGUCUCAUUUUACCGUUAUUUGAUUAUGCAGAUAUUGUGUGGGGGGACAAGAACAAUAAAGUCCUAAUGCAUAAUCUCCAGGUUUUGCAAAAUAACGCAGCAAGAACUAUACUGGAUUAUCCCAAAUACUUUUCCGGUACCGAAGCCCUCGCACAGCUAAACUGGAUGCCUCUAUCAGAACGUCGACGCCAACAUCGUUGUAUUGGUAUUUAUAAAUGUAUAAAUAAGUAUAUAAAAUAUCAAUUCAACCUAGUUCAAAACGUUGAAAUUCACUCCCACAACACACGCCGCCGUCAGGAUUUACAUCUUCCACGCUCGCGUACUAACUGGGGAAAAGAACGCUAUAUAUACCAAGCAGUCGUUGAUUGGAAUAACCUUAAUUUAGACCAAAGACAAUCGAACAAUUUGACUUCUUUUAAGAACUCUAUAUAAUAACUCUAUAUUAACUUAGACCAAAGACAAUCGAACAAUUUGACUUCUUUUAAGAACUCUAUAUACGAUUUUAGCUGAUAUAAUUUUAAACAUACUUUUUUAUAUAUGCUAUUAUUAUGUAGUUUUAUUUGUAUUUUAAUUGAUAUCGUAGGACCUGCCUGAAAAUCACCUUGUUGUGAGUGUAGCUUCCUACUGAAAUACUGUUAUAAUAAUAGUAAUAAUAAAAUUUGUUUUAAAUGCCAAGGAGUCGGACACAUUGCAAGAGAUUGUGUGAAUAAUACAAGUCAACGCCAGAAUGACGGCCUUCCCCCAUCCAAUGUCCCACCACGCAAUACUGCCCCACUCUCAUCGUAUGUCCAUAGCCAAGAUACAUCAGCGCCAAACGGUCUCCCUCCACAGUCGCGAGUCGGACAGUAGGAGGGGAAGGCGCAGACUCUCAUAGCAUACCAGAAAGAAUAAUUGGCAAGUGUCCUGUUGCUGUUGUGAACAUUGGAGGCGUGUCUGUAUCAUGUUUACUUGAUUCAGGCUCUGAGGUCUCUACUAUUACAGAAGAAUUCUUUAAUACUCAUCUUAAACCAAAGGGACAGGAACUACUUUCAACCAGUGGGUGGUUAAAACUGACAGCAACAAAUGGGUUAGAAAUACCCUACCUUGGGUAUUUCGAACUUGACAUUGAAGCUUUCGGCUUAAACGUGCCCAGACGAGGAAUACUGGUCGUAAAGGAUUCUGCCAAUGAUGCUAUGAGAGCACGGAAGAGAGACGUACCAGGUCUCCUUGGAAUGAAUGUACUAUGUGAAAUGGGACAAGUGUUAGCUAAGUUCGAGGGAACGGAAUUUUUAAGUAAAGUUGAUCCUGUAUAG